GGGGUGGAAAAGGAGAGAGGAGGAGAGUGUGAGUGUGUGUUUGUGUGUGUGUGGAUGGAUGGAUGGAUCGUAGCCUACACCACGGGGCUGUAAGCGCGCACACACACUGAAGGAGAGUGUGUAGGCCAGCCAGCCAGUCAGCGUGAGUGUGUGAGCCAUGUUGGAUGUGAAUGAACGGGAGGAGAGAUGCUGCUGCCGCGCCGCUCCUAGAGCUCACACCUCCAGCCCCACGGACCACAGCGGGUAGAUGCCAACUCUCCGGGGCGACGGAGAGACGGGGGAGCCUGGGGGAAGGUGUCGGGCGGUGCCGGCGGUCCUGGAACUGGUCACCUAGCCGGAACGAGAGAGAGAGAGAGAGAGAAAGAGAAGAAGAAGAAGUAACGGGGGAGAAGAGAAGGCGCACCCGGGAGGGAGAGAGAGAGAAUAGUCAGAGGUGGAAGAGGGAGAAAGGAGGGGAGAGACAGAGAAAGGAAGAGACUAAAUGGCUGCACCGCUAUCGGGCUUCACCCCGCUCCUGCUCUCGUCUCUGGCACUCCACCUGCUUCUCCUCGGCCCUUUGUUUGCCCUCACUCCGGGGACGGGUUUUUCCGAGGGGGCUUCCCACCGGUGGACCCGGGCCCUCUGCUAUCGAGACGCCGGCAAAGUCAUCCAGGAGCAGCAGCAGCGGCGCCAGGAGGCAGGCGCGACGCGGAGUGGCAGCUGGCAUCUACGCCCAGGCAGGUGGACCGUAGCGCGGAUUAAGGGAUGCUCGGGAGUGCAGCGCGCAGGAGAGACGCCGGCAGGAUAUCGGGAUGGGGCAAAGGAGAAGAGACUCAAACGAGUCGGGACGGUUUGGAAGAGAGGAGCCGGUCCACCUCCUCCUCCUCCUCCUCCUCCUCCUCGCCACCCAGGUAUUCGUCGCAGGUCGAGCUCAGAUGGCGUCGGCUCGCGGGAGGGAGCGGGGAGAGGGAGGAUGUGGAGGAAGGGCGUUGUUUCCCCUCCCGUGUCACCUGCUUUCACCUCAUCGCCGGUUCAAGGCGGCAAGACACGGACAGUACAAAGGACUAGAGCGUGCGCGCAACGGUUGCCGGCGUCGAGGCCACACCUCGCCGAACGCGGCGCCGCCGGAGCCUUUGUGCGCGCCCCUGGCCUGUGCAGGGCACCCGGAAGUGGAGGGAGGAGAGGAGGAGAGCAGGCGGAGAGGGCCGGCGAGGUGAAGGGGCCCUCUGCGCCACGCUGCUCCCUGACACCUCAGCAUCGCUGCUGGUGUUUACUGGCCCUCGCUGCUGCCAGCAGCCCCUCGCCUGGCCCGCCGCCAACCGGUUGCUCUUGUUGCAUUCACCCCCUUUCUGGAUACAGUUCGCCCCAUGACGAGGCUUCAAACUACACUUCUACACUGUUCCCUCAUCUCAGAAAUAAUUCGGAGCGUAGCCAGACGCCGAAUUUGGACCACGUGAGAAAUGUUCCUUGUAAUUCAUACCAGCCACAUCCAGGUCCCAAGAACAGCAGCAGCAGCAGCAGCAGCAGCAACAACAACAAGGCUCGCGAUGCUGAUGGGGGCUCAGUCUGCGCGGACAGGCGGGCCGGUAAUUGUUCUCAUUUGGGCAGGCACAGUGUUAUCGAUCCCAGCAGCGACGGAGAGGGGGGUGGUGAUAGCUGUUUGACUGGGUGCGUGGGGGAGAGGGGGGUGGGGAGUGGGGCAGAUGGGGAGGAGAGGAAGGAAGCACACAGGUGUAGCGCAGUGAUUAACCCCGGCACCAGGGGGCAACUAGAUGGUUGUGGGUCCCCUUGCCAUGACGUAAAGGCCAGGUAUAAAUAUGCCAGAAUUAGGGGUGAGGGGAGGGGAGAUAAGGAUGAGGAAAAGGAUGGAGGGGGGAUGAACCACGGCAACAAACAACUUAAUUUAUCUCAUUAUCCGGAUAAUGAUUUGGCUUUUCCGAUUCUGACGCUCUCAUGUCGGGCUGAUGAUGAGCCUCGGCAGGGGAAAUCAGCUGCAGGAACCAGAGGGCAGGGCAGACGCACCCGGGGAGGGAGCACAGAGUUUCCCGGUGGUUGUUUGGACAGAAUCGAAAUGGGGGAUGGAUAUUUAGCCGACUUUAUGGUCCCCGGGGGGGGCAUAGCUCAGAGGAAUCUCCCCAUCCAAUUUACCCCCAGCAGCAGAACGGAGACGCACGGCCGACGCGUUCCAUCCAGCAACGCCGCCAUUCCCGGGAUGCCAUCAACACAUCCUGUCCCGGUGCCAUGUACGGCCGCUCAUUCACAAACAGGCGAUCGUGCAGAAAGUGGAAAACUAUCCAAACCGCUCCAUCUGUCUGCUGCAACAGAAAAAGCAACUUCUGACACCGAGCCUGUCGGUGACUCAGGCUUUUCCUCGCCUGCCGAGUUUCCCGUCGGACCUUCCAGCGCGGCGUCGGCCACGUCUCGCUCUGCAACCGCAACCAAGCCACGUCUCCUCAGCACGGCGAAUCUGACCACAUGGCACAGUGCGUCUCCGCGUCCGCUUCGCGCGCAGUCUGGGGAGGACGUGAUUCCAGCACGUUGGACAGCUCCCUCAGACGCUGCGCGCGUGUCUUUGUGGAGCAAACUCAACACCAACAAUAAUAACAACAACAACAACAACGGAGAGGAGGGGAGCAAGGGGAUGGAAGGAAAUAAUGAAUCUGAAAUGGAAAAAUCGCAGUGGCGUGGUCAGGCUCAGCGGCGAGACCUGUGGGAGAGCCCACUGCCGGAGACGGUGCAAGCAGGGUGCGCAAACAGCAUUUCCACCGACUGUUCAGCCACCAAGCACGGGGACCAUUCACAUAUGCAAUUAAAAUCUGGUAAGCAAGUGCCAUUAGAGCUCGGAGGUGUCAGACUGUCACAUAGGCAGCAGAUGGGGGCCGAGGGGGAAAGGGAGAGGGAUGGAGAGUGGGAGGGAGGGGGCUUGGAGGGGUCCGCUGCUGCUGUUGCUGCUGCUGCUGCUGCUGGGGGAGGGAAAUUACAGGUGGGGGAGGGCGAAAGAGAGGUGCGGCUAAUGGGAGGGAGAGAACCAGGGGGAGAAGAGGGAGAGGAGAAGGGUUGGGAGAGGGAAAGGGGAAUAACAAAGACAAGCCAGGCAGAGGAGAGAGAGGCAGUGGGAGGGAAGGGUCAGGAUGGGGGCAGUAGCACCACCGGCAUCACACAGCCAGAUAGCGAAAGAGGGAAGAAAGAGAGCCGGGCGGAUGAAAGCCACGCUGGGCGAGAGGUGCAGGCGGAAGAAGAGGAUGAGGCGAGGCACAGCUCAAGGGGAGAGAGGAGUCUGGAACGACUGAUAAUAGUAGCAGAUGAUGAAAGCUCACAGGGAGAAAGGGAGAGGAGGACGCUGAUGCCGUGGUCUCGUUCUCGACGUGCAGCCAACAGACAUCCCCAUUUCCCCCAGUAUAACUACCAGGUGCAAGUGGCUGAGAACCAGCCACCCAGCACCGCAGUCAUUGUCAUGUCUGCCUCAGACCCAGAUGCAGGAGAUGCAGGCAGAGUGAGCUACUCAAUGGCCCCGCUUAUGAACAGUCGCUCAUCUGACUAUUUCCACAUCCACCCAGACACAGGUCUCAUCACCUCCACUCAGAUUCUCGACAGAGAGCACAUGGAUCUGCAUUAUUUCCGGGUCACAGCGAACGAUCAUGGCUCCCCUCGCCUCUCUGGGACCACAAUGGUCGCCAUUACUGUCGCAGACCGGAAUGAUCAUUCUCCUAUAUUUGAACAGACAGAGUACAGGGAAACAAUCAGGGAGAAUGUAGAGGAAGGCUAUCCCAUCUUACAGCUGAGAGCAACAGAUUCAGACUCCCCAUCCAAUGCAAAUAUUCGUUACCGGUUUAUCGGUGACACGGUAGCAAUUGCCCGAUCGGCCUUUGAGAUUGACCCACGCUCUGGCCUCAUUACAACCCGCGGGGCAGUGGACCGGGAAACAAACGAGCACUACACUCUCCAGGUGGAGGCCAGUGACCAGGGGAAGGACCCGGGGCCACGCUCCGCCACCGUCAAAGUUUUCAUCACCGUGCUGGAUGAAAAUGACAACGUGCCACAGUUCAGUGAAAAGCGUUAUGUGGUGGCAGUGAAGGAGGACGUGCGGCCUCACUCUGAGAUCCUCCGUGUGAGUGCAACAGACCGGGACAAGGACAGUAAUGCUGCUGUUCACUACAAUAUCAUCAGUGGUAACAGCCGUGGACAGUUCUCCAUUGACAGUGUCACCGGUGAGAUCCAGGUGGUUGCACCUCUAGACUAUGAGUCUGAGCGGGAGUAUACGCUACGUGUUCGUGCACAGGACAAUGGCCGGCCACCUCUCUCCAACAACACCGGGAUUGUGAGUGUACAGGUGACAGACGUCAAUGACAACCCCCCAAUCUUUGUCUCCACGCCAUUCCAGGCGUCCGUGCUCGAGAGCGCUCCGGUUGGUAGCUCUAUCCUCCACAUCCAGGCCAUUGAUACAGAUUCUGUUGAUAACGCCCGUCUGGAGUACAGGUUAACUGGCACAAGUUCUGACACACCAUUCGUUAUCAAUUCUGCAACGGGCUGGGUCACUGUCAGCACCAUCCUCGACCGAGAAUCUGUGGAGCACUAUUUCUUUGGCGUGGAGGCCAGGGAUUAUGGCAUGCCGCCGCUUUCUGCUACAGCAAGUGUUACUAUUACAGUGAUGGAUGUUAAUGACAACCGCCCCGAGUUCCUCCAAAAGGAGUACUAUUCUCGCCUGAAUGAGGAUGCUGUGGUUGGUACCAGUGUAAUGACUGUCACAGCAGUGGACCGUGAUGUCAACAGUGCGGUGACCUAUCAGAUAACUGGAGGGAACACCAGAAACCGCUUUGCCAUCAGCACAGCAGGAGGGGCCGGGCUUCUCUCCUUAGCCCUCCCACUGGACUACAAACAGGAGCGGCGUUAUGUUCUGACAGUCACCGCCUCCGACCGCACACUUCACGACACCUGUCAAGUGCACAUCAACAUCACUGAUGCUAAUACACAUCGGCCUGUAUUCCAGAGCGCCCACUACUCUGUAAGUGUGAAUGAGGACCGGCCACCUGGCAGCACUGUGGUUGUGAUCAGUGCCACAGAUGAUGAUGUUGGUGAAAAUGCUCGAAUCACAUACUUCCUUGAGGAUAAUAUCCCACAAUUCCGCAUCGACCCAGGCACAGGGGCUAUAACACUCCAGGCAGAGUUAGAUUAUGAGGACCAGAUGACCUACACUUUGGCUAUAACCGCUAAAGACAAUGGCAUACCCCAGAAAUCAGACACUACAUAUGUUGAGGUGAAUGUCAAUGAUGUGAACGACAAUGCACCUCAGUUCCUCAGCCCCAGGUAUCAGGGAACAGUGAGUGAAGACGCCCCUCCCUUCACCAGUGUCCUCCAAAUCUCAGCCACUGACCGUGAUGCGCACGCCAAUGGUCGUGUUCAGUACACCUUCCAAAACGGAGAGGAUGGGGAUGGAGAUUUCACCAUUGAACCAACAUCUGGCAUUGUGCGAACUGUUAGGCGUUUGGACCGCGAGAGUGUGCCAUUCUAUGAGCUCACUGCCUAUGCUGUAGACCGUGGUGUGCCACCUCAGCGAACCCCUGUCCACAUCCAGGUGACAGUUCUUGAUGUGAAUGACAAUGCCCCUGUUUUCCCUGCUGAUGACUUUGAAGUUCUAGUGAAGGAAAACAGUGUAGUUGGCUCUGUGGUGGCCCAGAUCACAGCCACUGACCCGGAUGAGGGUGCAAAUGCUCAGAUCAUGUACCAGAUUGUGGAAGGUAACAUCCCUGAAAUCUUCCAGAUGGACAUCUUCUCUGGGGAGCUCACCUCACUCAUCGAUCUUGACUACGAGGCUCGCAACGAGUAUGUCAUCGUGGUCCAGGCCACCUCCGCACCUCUAGUCAGCCGGGCCACUGUACGAAUCCGAUUGGUGGACGAGAACGACAACCGGCCCACUCUGAAGGGCUUCCAAAUCAUUUUCAACAACUUUGUGUCCAAUCGGUCCAACAGUUUCCCCAGCGGGGUAAUUGGGAGGGUACCCGCCCAUGAUCCUGAUGUGUCAGACAGACUGUACUACACCAUCGACAGCGGGAACGAGCUUCACCUGCUGCUCCUGAAUCACACCAGUGGAGAGAUCCGACUGAGCCGAAAACUGGAUAACAACAGGCCUCUGGUGGCUCCCAUGCAGAUCACCGUCACGGAUGGCGCCCACAGCAUUUCAGCCCAGUGCGUUCUCCGUGUUAUCAUCAUCACCGAGGACAUGUUGGGAAGCAGCGUCACUGUCCGCCUCCAGAACAUGUCCCAGGAGCACUUCCUGUCACCACUGCUGGGGAGCUUCCUGGAGGGCGUGUCGGCGGUGCUCUCAGUGCCCGUCGAGGACGUUUUCAUCUUCAACAUCCAGCCGGACCUGGAUGCGGCUCCGGGCGGGAUCCUGAAUGUGAGCUUCUCUGCAGCGUUGCCUGGCGGACUCUUCUUCCCCUCUGAAGCCCUGGAGGAACAGCUGUACCUGAACAGGCUGAGGCUGACGUCACUGACACAGAUGGAGGUCCUCCCGUUCGACGACAACGUGUGCCUGCGCGAGCCGUGUCAGAACUACAUGAAGUGCAUCUCGGUGCUGCGCUUCAACAGCUCGGCCCCCUUCAUCUCCUCGCCCUCCAUCUUGUUCCGGCCCAUCCACCCCAUCGCGGGCCUACGCUGCCGCUGCCCCGUGGGCUUCACGGGUGAUUACUGUGAGACGGAGAUCAACCUGUGCUACUCCAACCCCUGCCUGAACGGAGGUGUGUGCGCCCGCAGAGAGGGAGGCUACACCUGCAUCUGCCGUGAAGACUACUCUGGUGACCAAUGUGAGUUCGACCGCCGUCAGGGCCGGUGUGUGCCGGGUGUGUGUCGUAAUGGAGGAACGUGUCGGGAGCUUUCGGGUGGGGGUUUCCGCUGCGAGUGCCCUGCAGGCGGCUACGAGCGUCCGUACUGCACCGUCACCGCCCGAUCCUUCCCACCCAAAUCCUUCGCCAUGUUCCGGGGCCUACGACAGAGAUUUCACCUCUCCAUCUCAUUAACGUUUGCCACCCUGGAGAACAGUGGUCUGCUCUUCUAUAAUGGACGCUUCAACGAGAAACACGACUUCAUAGCCUUGGAGAUCCAAGAAGGACAAGUGGUGCUCAAAUAUUCCACAGGUGAAUCCUCCACCCAGGUGAGUCCCUUCCUGCCGGGAGGCGUGAGCGAUGGAAACUGGCACACAGUUCACAUCCACUAUUACAACAAGCCAGCUACACGCUAUCCGAAGCGCAGUAUGAGCGGCGAGGCCCAGGGUCCGUCCGACGAGAAGAUUGCUGUGGUGAGCAUUGACGACUGUGAUACGGCCUUGUCGCUUCGCUUCAGCACACAGCUCGGGAACUAUAGCUGCGCCGCUCAGGGCAAACAGACCAGCAACAAGAAGUCUCUGGACCUGACCGGUCCACUGUUUCUGGGCGGAGUUCCCAACGUACCCGACAACUUCCCGUUUGGCGCCAGGGAGUUUAUCGGCUGUAUGAAGGAGCUACACAUCGACAACAAGCCGCUGGACUUGGCUGGAUUUAUUGCUAACAAUGGAACAGUUCCCGGCUGCAGUGCCAAGCUGCCCUUCUGUAAGUCCAACCCCUGUCAGAACGGAGGGACCUGCAGGGUGAGCUGGGAGACGUUCUCCUGUGACUGUCCCCUGGGCUACGGAGGGAAGGACUGCAGCCACGUGAUGCCACACCCCCAUCGCUUUCUGGGUAACAGUGCCCUCUGGUGGGACCUGAAGAAUGACGUGACCAUCUCCACGCCGUGGUACCUGGGCCUGGUGUUCAGAACCAGAGCGCGAGAGGGGACGCUGCUGCAGGCUCAGGCCGGCCAGUACACCAGUCUGCUGUUCCAGGUGAUAAAUGGUCAGCUGGUGUUCUCUGUGACCCGCGGUUCGACGAGACCGGUGCGAUUGCGGUUGGAUCAGGUUCAGGUGGCAGAUGGACGCUGGCACGAUCUCCAGCUGGAGCUGCGAGAUGUUCGCAGUGGCCGCGAGACGCGAUACGUAGCCACUCUGCGGCUCGAUUUUGGACUCUACCAGGGAACAGUGAUAGUGGGAAAUGAGAUUCAUGGUUUGAAGGUGAAGCAUCUGCAUGUGGGAGGAGUGCUGGGCUCCGGAGAGGUUCAGAACGGGAUUAGAGGAUGCAUACAGGGCGUUCGGUUGGGUGUACGUCCCGACGCCCCCCCGCUGCCCCGCCCGUCAAGAACUGUCAAAGUGGAGACCGGCUGCAGCGUUGGCAACCCCUGUGUCUCGUCCCCCUGCCCCGGCCACAGCCGCUGUUCCGACCAGUGGGAGCGGCACACCUGCGCCUGUGAAUCUGGUUACUAUGGGAGGGGCUGCACUGACGCCUGCCACCUGAAUCCAUGUGAAAACGAGGCUCAGUGCCACAGGAAACCCAGCUCUUCCCACGGAUACAUUUGUGACUGUGGAGACAACCACUAUGGGCAGUACUGCCAGCACAGGAUUGACCACCAGUGUCCCAGGGGUUGGUGGGGGUCUCCGUCCUGCGGACCGUGUCACUGUGACACCAAUAAAGGUUUUGACCCUGACUGUAACAAGACCAGCGGACACUGUCACUGCAAGGAGUUCCACUAUCGUCCGCGGGGCUCUGACACCUGCCUGCCAUGUGACUGCUACCCGGUCGGCUCCUUCUCGCGGUCAUGUGACCCAGAAACCGGCCAGUGUCAGUGCAGGCCCGGUGUGAUUGGUCGCCAGUGCAACACAUGUGACAACCCUUUUGCUGAGGUCACAAAUUCAGGCUGUGAUGUCAUUUAUGAUGGUUGUCCCAAGACCAUCACCCAGGGGAUCUGGUGGCCUCGGACCAAGUUCAACCUGCCUGCUGCAGUGCCCUGCCCCAAAGGCUCUGUUGGUGCUGCCAUCAGACAUUGUGAUGCGGAGAGAGGAUGGAUGGAGCCAGAUCUUUACAACUGCACCUCUCCUCCAUUUGUGGAGCUCAAUGCUGCUCUUGAUUCCCUGGAGCGUAAUGAGACGGAGCUAAACACCAUCAUGGAGAAGAAGCUUGCCCACCAGCUCCGCGAUGUCACAGAGGCGACCGCCCGACUCUACGGCAAUGACUUGCAGAUCGCGGAGCGAUUGCUGUCCCGCCUCCUGACCUUCGAGACCCAACAGAGCGGCUUCGGACUCACCGCUACACAGGACGCACACUUCAAUGAGAACAUCCUGCGAGGCUGCAGCGUGCUGUUGGGCCCUGCCACCUCCGGCCUGUGGCGGGCUCUCGCUCAGAGUCAGAACCACAUUCCAGGUGGCGGUCCGGCCGAGCUGACGGAGCUGCUGGAGCAGUACACCCAGACUCUGGCUCAGAACAUGAAGCUCACGUAUCUCAACCCUGUGGCGCUGGUCACUCCCAACAUAGUCAUGAACCUGGACCGUGUUGAGAACCACACCCAUGUGCGGCGGCGUUUCCCACGUUACCACAACACCCUGUUUCGCGGUCAGGCUUUGUGGGAUCCUCACACCCAUGUGAUUGUGCCCCCUGCUGCCCUGGUGACACAACGACAGCAACAGCACAACUGGAAGGAGAAGGAGCGGACAGAGAAAGAACCCUCAGCUCCUCAGAACGCUGCACCGGCCGCUGUCAGCGUCGCGGCCAAUCAGACGGGAGAAUACACUGCAGCCAGACGCACUGUUUCGCUGCCGGAGCCGCCCAUCACAAUCGUCAUCAUGUUGAUCUAUCGGAGUGUGGGCGCAGCGCUCCCUCCCAAGUACCACACAGACCGACGAGGAGUGAGGCUUCCCAGACACCCGGUAAUGAACUCCCCAGUGGUCACUAUUUCUGUCUUCAACAACCAGACGUUUGUGGGCGGACACUUGGACCAGCCCAUCCUGCUGGAGUUCAAGCUGCUGGAGACGGCCAAUCGCAGUAAGCCACUGUGUGUGCAGUGGAACCACAGCAGUCAGUAUGACCCAGCAGGGUGUUGGACGGUGAGGGACUGUACGGUGGUGUACAGGAACACCUCUCAUGUCCGCUGUCAGUGCCAGAGACUGGGCACCUUCGGUGUGCUGAUGGACAGUUCACAGAGAGAGCAGUUGGAGGGGGACCUGGAGACGUUGGCCGCGGUCACGUACUCCUCUCUGUGCGCCUCAAUGCUGGCCCUCCUGCUCACUGUCCUGGCGCUCUCCUGCCUCCGAGGCCUCAAGUCCAACACCAGGAGCAUCCACUCAAACACAGCAGCGGCAAUGUUUUUGUCCGAGCUGGUGUUCCUGCUCGGGGUCAAUCAGACUGAACAACAGUUUCUGUGUACGGUCGUCGCCAUCCUGCUCCAUUACUUCUUCAUGUCCACGUUUGCCUGGAUGUUCGUCGAAGGCCUUCAUAUCUACCGCAUGCAGACUGAGCAGCGCAACAUCAACUAUGGAGCCAUGAGGUUCUACUACGCCAUCGGCUGGGGCGUGCCCGCCAUUAUCACAGGCCUGGCGGUGGGAUUAGACCCAGAGGGUUAUGGGAACCCAGACUUCUGUUGGAUCUCCAUCUAUGACAAACUCAUCUGGAGCUUCGCUGGACCUAUUGCCAUUGUCAUACUGAUAAAUGGAGGGAUUUUCAUGAUUGUAGCCAAGAUGUCCUGCAACCCAUCACAGAAAGAGACCAAGAAGCUCCCUGUCAUUGCAACUAUCCGCAAUGCCAUUCUGCUGCUGCUGGUUGCCACCUCCACCUGGCUGUGUGGUCUCAUGGCUGUUAACAACAGCAUCCUGGCGUUUUACUACAUAUUUAAUGUCCUUUGCCUCGUGCAGGGUCUGUCGGUCAUGCUGGUGUUCACAGUGUUCAACUCGGAGGUUCAGGAGGCCUGGAGAGUCGCCUGUUUGGGCAAGAAGAGCCCCGGGGAAGAUCAACCAAGACCACCGCAGAACACAGCUCAGAAUCCAUAUCACAACGCAUCUCUGUUGGAGCAGAGCGGGCUGCACCGCAUCACCCUGGGAACCUCCACCAUCUCCUCUGUCAGCUCCGCCAGAGAAAAUCUCUUGGCUCGUCAGACUCUGGAACAAAACAUUGUCCAGACUGGCGCGACAGACCUGGACGUAGCCAUGUUUCACAGAGACGGAGGUGAGGACUCGGACUCAGACUCAGACCUGUCAAUGGAGGAGGAGCGCAGUCUCUCCAUCCCGUCCUCUGAGAGCGAGGACAACGUACGACUCCGUGGACGCAUCCAGCGGCGAUUCAAGCGAUCGAAUCACAGUGAGCGCCUGCUCACCGAGCCCACCCACAACGGCACCAAAGAUCUGGAUGGAAAUGACCUUCUGUCCUACUGGCCAGCUUUGGAUGAGUGCGAGACACACACCCUGCAGAAGUGGGGCUCAGAGCGCCCCCUGGGAGCAGAUUACAGCAAGGACGCUGCCAACAACAACCAGCUUGAUGCAGCGCUGACCAGCGGGGAUGAGAAUGGCCUCACCCAGCCACACAGGCACCGCAAGGGUAUCCUGAAGAAUCGUCUCGGCUGUCCUCCGGCACUCCAGGGUCUGUCCACCAUGGGCCGUGUCCCCAGUGACCUCAACUGGUACAGAACCUCCACUCUGGGCCACCGAGGCGUUCCCGCUGCCUCCUACGGCCGCAUGUACUCUGCCACAGCUGGCGCUGGUGGAGGCUCGGGCUCCCUGUCCCAGCCAGCUUCCCGCUACUCGUCCAGGGAGCACCUGGACUCUCUGACCAGGAGGCAGCUGUCCAGGGAUCCACUCGGUAGGCAGACGGUUGGGGGUUCCAGGGACCGCCUGGACUCCAGGGGUUCCAGGGACAACUUGGAUCUCUUGCCUAGGAGGAGAGAGCUGGGACUGGGGCAGGGUCCAGGGCUAGGGGGCCUGGGGCUCGAUCACCAGCGGGUCUCAUCAUCCAGGGAAAACUUGUCGGGAUCCAGGGACAGACUGGACAACCACCACGCGGGCAGCGUCCACGCCUCGAGGGAGGACUUGAGUGGAAACGGAGGAGCUGGAAUGGAGGGAUACCUCAGCGGCUCGAGGUCGCAGCUGAACACGUUGACGCGGCGGCAGGCCUCCUCCCGGGAGCACCUGGCGGGCUCGGCGAUGAGCAGCAGGUCGAGGGAGCAGCUGGACACCAACGGAGUGGGAGCCGCGGCUCAGCCGUGUCGGGAGUGGCUUCGCACCCUGCCUCCCCGUCAGCCCUCACACCCCGACCAGCCUCCCUCCUCCUCUCCCCCGCCCCCGAUUUCCGAGGAGCCCCAGCAGGAUCAACUGCCCCCUUCAGCUCACGCCCGAGGCCGACUGGACUCAGCUCCUCAAUGUAGGUAUCCAGGUCAGACUGUCCCCCAAGUCGCAGGUUCAACUAUAAGUCGACAGCCGUCCAGCGAGCACCUGGAUAUUCUGUCCUCCAUCCUGGCGUCUUUCAGCUCCACUGUCCUCACUCCGCCCGCUCCCUCCUCGAACCCUGGGCCGAAUGGCUCCGCCCACGGACCCUCCCCCUCUCCGCCGCACUCUGCCACCUCCCACAGCAUAUCUGAAGUCUCCCCCGACUCUGAAGCCAACAGAAGUGAAGGACAGUCUUGAUGACAGCCUCCGUAUCCCUUUAUGCACUGGGGAUGGACGGACCGUAACCACUGGGGAAGCACCGGAAACAACUUUGGGACAGAGGAGACUCAGAGAGGGACAGAAAGGUUGAGAGUUCAUCUGCUGAGGAUAAGCGGAUGUUUGUAGGCAGAUAGUACUGUAUAAAAAAAAGUUUUUCGAGUCAUUCCGCCUACAGUAAUCUCUGUCGUUUCUUCGGACGAUGAGUCAACCGCCUCUAACUACCUAAAAGGACAAACACAAACUCCUCCGAUUUCCACCGCAAACGUCAGCCUUCCAACAUCCGCCUUGGAAAAAGGGAAAAACAAAAGAAAAGACUGUAAAUAACAUUUUUUAUACAUUUUGUAUGUUUUUCAUUGGAGAUGAAAAAGAAAAUCUCUCGUGAUGUUUCUCUUUUGUUUAGUUUUUUUAAUGACAGUGUCCAUGUGAGGUCGUGAGUGAGGUUGGUAUGAGUGCAGUCUCUGUUUGUCGCUGAGGGAUAGAUUUUCCCCUACAAAGGAAAAAAAAGAAAAAACAGUAAAUCCUCAAAUUUCUCCCAGAAAAAAAACCCCCCGUCAACUUUGUGUAUAGCAUCAGGGGCCCGGCAAUAGUAUCUGAUGAGAUUAUCAAAACCACAGGGCGUGGUCUGAGGGGAAAAUAUCAGAGUAGCCAGAAGUGAUUGUAAAUAGAGGAAGGGAUUAUUGUGAAAGAAGAGAAAUGAUUGUGCAGAAUAAGGUAAAAACACCGUAUGAAGGUUCAGAGUUGGUGGUUCAGCUAUUACAGGUCACUCACAAGUAUCAGGGCGUCGGCUCUUUGGGGGAGAUUGUGCUGUUUCGUGAUCCGCCGUAUGUGAAUGUGACCUUGUCAUCUGUCUGUGUAUCUUUGUGCCUGGUGCUGUCUGACCCGGACCCCGUCAGUCGACUGGUAUCACCAGACCAUAUCUCUUUGGUGGUCCGGGGACCUGGCAGGGCGGAGGCAGAUAUCCGUCUGCCUCUCAGCAUGGGGCUGUGUCACGUAACAGCCAUUUGAAGCCCCUCGAGGCAUUUCUUCUGCCUUUUGGUGCAUCACGCCUCGACCUGCCACAAGAGACGCCGCCGGACCAGCCGGAUCUCUCCGGAUCUCUCCGGAUCUCUCCGGAUCUGUCCGGCAGCGUCCGGGAGACUCAUUUAUCGAAGCUUCUCCAGCUGAAGGUCUCUGCGAAUCCAAGCCAAAGGGACAACUGCUACAAAACAUCAAUGUUCCCAGGUUUUCUGUGGUGGAACUGACUCUUGCAGGGCGUGAACGCAUACAGAUGUAAUUCACAGUUUUGUUUUAAUCAUGAUUCUUUUUUGUUUUUUUUAAACAAAUUGUUCCAUUGAAACUUGUCUAAAGUGAAAGUGGCGGAGAGCAUAUCAGAGGGGGACAUCAUGAAUCACAUCUCACUGCGUGCGCUCAUAUAUUGAAAGCAGACCUGCAGCACAUAUCCAGCAUGCUAUCCGUCUGAAUAUACAGUAUUAGCUCAUGUGCAAGGAUUUUUUUUUGGAACUUGCUUGGCUGAAUUGGCUGUGAUGCUGUGAAAUGACCUCAGAAUCCCCUUCAAGUACGAGACGCUUCACAGAAAAGAGGCGCGAGCUCUAAUCCUGCCCCCCAGUAAAACAUCCGCCAGGAGACGUCAUCGAUGAGGAGGUCCACCACCAGAACACGCUCAUACAGAUUUGCUCUCGUCGUGUAGGCCGCUGUACAGGGAUGUCGGUCUCGGCACCAGUCGGCGGAGGAGCGGAGCGUCAGAUAUGUCGCUGCUCAAAGCCUCUCGAGUGGUUCUGAGAUGCAGGUUUGUGCUUCCUCACAGCUGCUGGAGCGAACACCGAGGACAGGCCUGAAGGAAACAUCCCAGGCAUGUGUAGGCAGAGCAGACAGGCAGGCCGUCCUCGCCAGUCACGAGAGGGAUUAAGGGAUUGUGAAUAGCGUAAAUAUUUUUUGAAUGCAAAAACAAACCGCAGAGGGUUAUGAAAAGCGAAGGCAAAAUGCGGUUUCCGCUCCGCCAGAUUGUGUUGUCUGCGUCUGAACAAGCAGAGGGACGUGGUGACAGUCAGAAAAAACUUGGGACGAGAGACGAAGUGAAUAUAAGAAACAUUUGAAUCAGAACAGAGCGCAAUGAGCAUGAAAAUGAAGAAAUUAGACAAGACCAGACAAGCUCGGAAGGAGAACAAACCAGGUCAGAAACCGUGACUGUGUGCAAAAUGUAAGUGCGGGGAGGAAAGGCGUGGACGUUGCUCAUCGCAGAGAACAGCGUGAAUAAGCACUUCACAAGUGUCGCUCUGACUUGUGCUGUCAGUCUCUCGCCUGGGGGGGGGGCUGACGAGUGACCUUCAUUGAGGCAGUAUUAUUGCCAACGAGUGCUCCUGCAGGGGAACCCUGCCAACUAGCCAACAUUGAUUCCCUCUCACUCUUCCAUUUCCAUUUAGUUUUUUUCACCGGUCCAAUUUUCCUUUUACCGACGAUACCUUUAACUUGUACAGACAUGAUGAGAUUUAUUUUAUUUAUCGAUAAUUUAUUGACAUUGUACUGAUCACUUAUGUUGCCAUUUUGUACGAGAGGCUGAUGUUGCUGAAGUGUGUGUACUUUCUUUUUUUGUUCAAAUGUUCCUUUUGUUCACAUGUAACACGUUUCUGAGGAUCUUGAGUUUGGGGGCAAGAAAAGAGGGGAAUGUGAAGAUAAGAAUGCCGCAAUUUACACACAGCGUUACAAUCUGACGCAGGGCGAAGGAUCAUCACUGAGCUUUUAAACAUUUCAAACGUUCGAAAGUUAUUUCAUUGGUUGUCUCCAUCCAACCUCAGGUGUACACGUCUGUGGCAUGUUUCACAGCACACAGCCCGUGUGUCUGCUCUCCAGACAGAAUGUCAAACACAUCCGUUCUCAAAGUGGAAUACUGGGUGUCAAUAGAGCAUUUCUAUCCCAAAUCAAACCUUUUUUCUCCCUGUCCACACUUUUAUAGAUCCAAGGCUAAAGCUUCACGUGCACAGAGUCAGAUCAUUAACUGGUUGUUGAACUGCUUUCACACACGUCAGACAGCUGUCAGGAACUUCAGGUUGAUAUAGUUUGGACCAACAGACAGAAAGCCUGAGCUGGGACUAAAGCGUUGUGAUGUGUUCUGAAAAAAAAAAAGAAAGAAGGGAAAGGAAAGACAGUGAGAGCACAGUGGGGAGAGGAGGAGGAGGUGGAGGGAUGGGAGAUUAUGUUUUUGUUGGCUUGUGUGUUCCCUAUGGGAUGUCUCUAUCUGGGAUGUCUCUAUCCCGCCGUCGGCAAGGGGUCGGUGGCAUGGAAACAGCUGUUCCCUGUGACCGCAGGACCCAGAACAAUGUUGGACAUUAAAAAAAAUGACAUUCCUAA